AUGGGUAAUGCACUAAAUCAUGUAAUUUUUAGACCUCAUCCAGCUAGCUAUUCAAAAGAAAAAAAAAAUUUGCAUUUUAUAAAAACAAAACAUGGAAGUACAAUAUGUGGCUAUUUUAUUAACAAUUCUGCAGAUAUAACAAUUUUAUUUAGUCAUGGUAAUGCAGAAGACAUAGGUGAUUUAAUUCCACAAUUUGAAAAUAGAUUAAAACGUUUAAAGUUAAACAUGUUUGCAUAUGAUUAUAGUGGAUAUGGUCAAAGUACAGGAAUUCCUACAGAAACAAAUAUAUAUAAUGAUGUAGAAGCAGCUUAUAACUAUUUAACAAAUGAUCUGAAUGUUCCAAAAAAUUCCAUAAUAGCAUAUGGUAGAAGUUUGGGUUCUGCAGCCUCUGUUCAUAUAGCAACAAAAAAAGAAUUACUAGGUUUAAUUUUACAAUCACCACUAUCUUCAAUUCAUAGAGUUAAAUUGAGGCUAAAAUUUACAUUACCAUAUGAUUUAUUUUGUAAUAUAGAUAAAAUUCAUCUUAUUAAAUGUCCUAUUCUCUUUAUUCAUGGAAAGAAAGAUAAAUUAAUUUCUUUUAAGGGAACUGAAGAAAUGAUUCAAAAAACAAAAGUAAACACUUAUUAUAUGCUCAUUGAAGAAGGGGGACAUAAUAAUUUAGAUAGUUCAUUUGGUUAUAAAAUAAAUGAUGCUUUAGUUUCUUUCCUUUAUGUAUUAAAAAAUAAUAUACGUGAAAAUGUAAAUUCCGUUUAUGAUAUAUCUAAUAUUAAUGUAAAUAAAUUAAGAAACAUUCUGACUGUUAAUAAUAAAAAAAAAUUAAAAAAUAACAUAAAAAAAAAAGUAGUUGAUUAUUCAGAAAACAUAGAAUUAGAAUCAAACAAAUUAAGAAACAUAAAAAUAAUAAAUUCUUCUAAUACUAUGGAUGAAUGUUGUUUUAAUAAAAGUUUUUCUAAAUUAAAAAGUUCUGAUUCUACUAUCAACUCAUCUAAAAGUAUUAAUACCAUAUUAGCAUCUAUUGAAUCUAUUAUUAAAACAAUACCAGAAACCACUUUCUAUGAUAAUUAUGAUUCAUAUGAAAAUUUAAAGAGUUUUGAUAGUUAUGUAAGUUAUUCAUAUGAAAAUAAUUCUGUUGAUAAAAAAUAUAUUGCAGAUCAUCCAUAUAAUAAUAAAUGUAAUCAAAAUAUAAAAAGUAAAGUUAAAAACAAUACAAUUUUAAGAAAUAAUUCGAGUGUAGGAAUUUCUUUGAGAAAUGAUACAUCAAACAUUGAUAACAUUAAUAUAUCUAAAAAUUAUGUUAGAAAAUUAAAAAUUAAAAAUGAUAAGUGUAUUAGCAUACCAGAUAUAAAAAUAUUAAAUAAUAACAAUAAAAAUAGUUAUAAAGUAGAAAAAAUGAAAAAAAUAAAGUGUGAUAUUCCUAACAUAAUUAAUGAUAAAAAAGUAAACAGUUUAACUAAAAGCAAUGAAAAUAGUAAGGAUAUAAUUAGAGGAAAAAAUAAAUUAGAUGAUAAAUAUCCAGGUCUAUACAAAAUUGAAUCUAUGUGCCAUAUUAAUACUCAUAAUGUAAAUUAUGAUAAUACAAAAUUAUAUGAGAAACCAAUAUUUUUAAAUAAGAAUAGUACAUGUGAGGAUACAAGUUCAUGCUUACACGAAAUGAAUAAUUUGAAGAAUUGUAAAAAUGAUAUACAUUUAAAAGAGAAGAAGAAUAUGUUAUGCAUGGAUAGAAUAAUAUCACCUUUAAAAAAAGAUGCCCUUUCUUCAGGUAAUAUAAUAAAGAAAACAAAUUCAUUAAUGAAUCGUUCUUGUUCUAAUGAGAAUGUUCUUAAUCUUGAAAAUAAUAUAAAAACAAAUAAAAAUGAUUUGAAAGAUUAUAAUAUUAAUUCUAUAAAUAAUGAACAUAAAUCUAAUAAUUUAUAUAGGUUAUCAUCUACUAAUGUAGAAGGCACAUCUCCUAUUAAGAAUAAUUCGGAUAUUAUAAGAGGUUCUAAAUUUGAAUAUACAGUAAAGUUAGAUGUUAAAAAUUCAAACUCUGACAGCAAUAUAAAGGAGCAUGAUAAUGAAUUAGAAAAAAGAAGUAUUGACUUAAAUGUAAAUAAAAUUAGUAAUAAUUCCAGUAACAAAAGUAAAGAAAAAAAUGACAAUAAAUUGAUGGAUAAGAAAAAUGAGGUUGAUAUGAAAAUAGAUAAUAUAAAUAAGACUAAGAAUAAUAUUAAUAAUGGUAAUAAUAAAAUAAAGAGAGAUCUUAUUUUAAGAACAUAUAAAAAUAAUGUUUAUGAUUAUAUUUCUAUUGAAAAGGAUAAAAAUGGAUCAAAAAACAAAAAUAAUAGCGAUUGUAGCAUAAAACCUACAAAUAAUAAAAAGAAAAUACAAGAAGUUUAUUACAGAAAUAAAAAGAUGGAAACCUUUAAGGAUUAUAGCAUAAAAAAAAAAUUAAAUACUAUUUUAAAUAAUAAAAUUAAGAAUAAUAAUGAAAAUGAAUCAACAAGAAUAAAUAAACUAUUUUCUGAAGGUGUUUCUUUCAAUCAUAUAAAUAAAAACAAAAGUAGUAAUCGUUUAACAAAAUGCAUACCAAUUAAGGAGAAUUUAUCAUCACAAGGAGAGGAAAAAAAUAUUGAAAAGGAAAAAAAGUAUAAUAUAAUUAUGAAAAAAGGAGCUUUAGUUGAAGAAAUAGAACAAAUAAUUAUAGAAAACGUAAGCGUAUUAUCAAAAAGUGAACCUAUAAUAUAA